UGAAUUUUGCGUAUGACCGCGCAAACGCAAGGGGGUGGUAAAUGGACAAAGUGUAUUUUGUGAAAUUAAUCCAGUGGCAUUGUCCGUUUGACGGCUACAAAUCUCUGGAGUCGAACUCAGGAUUGAUCAUGUGGACUGUUUGCUACUGUUGAAGCUCGACUGGUGGCAUUCCGUUGACAGGAGGCGUGUUCCCUCCUUGGCAUUGUGUCAACUAUGGGGAUUCCAGAUAUGACAAUGCCUCUCCAGACAUGACACUGUCUCAGACGUCCCCAUCUCCUCCUCCUCCACUACCUCUCUCCCUUCCUCUCCCAUCUCCAACUUCACCCAUGACUGAGUGACAUGCCCCACCUCUCCCCUCCUCCUCCUGUCCCCCUACCUCGCGCUGCUAGCAUCCUUCCCCUUCCCAGUCCCAGAUGAUCGACCACCCUGCUGUCAGCGAGCCCCGUAUCAUCAAGCACAGGACGCCGCCGACGCUGCUCAUGCGCGCCCCCGUGCUCUUCCCGGCCAUGUCCAACCGGACGCCCAACUUCACGCUGGAGCAGAAGCUGUACCUGCUGCAGCGCAUGCAGGGCGUGGUGGAGACGGUGCAGGACUUCCGCAAGGACACCAACACCACGGCGCAGCGCAACGCCGUCUGGGAGCAGCUGGCGCGCGCCUUCAACGCCGCCUUCCCCGACCGGCCGCCCAGCACCACCGGCUCCCUCAAGACGCUCUGGAAGCGGCUGAAGGUGGAGUGCCGCGCCGCCCUGCACCGCAGGCAGGAGCAGCUGGCCGCCGGCCUGAGCCCCGUCGCCCUCACCCAGGUGCAGAGAGAGGUCACCGCCCUGGUGCCCAACCUCAUAUCCAACAAGGACGACCUGGACGGGGAGAUGGGAUACACCACGGCUGGCAACAAAGGGGCCUCGUCGCCCGUCACUGUUGCAGGUACAAGUGGAAGUGACCAAGAGGAAGUUGAUCACAAUGAAGAGCUGGACAGUAAGGAGCAGUUGGCCAUCAACCUGGGCCUGACCACCAGCACCACCACCAAGGAGCAGUUGGCCAUCAACCUGGGCCUGACCACCACCACCACCACCACCUCAUCCUCUCACGUCGAGCAGCGAGCGCAGGAGCCCUCCAGACUCUCCCCAGACCACGACGCCGCCCCCAUCUCCACCCACCACACCCGACUCCGCACCCACAACUCCCAGCACGACUCCGCCGGCUCCGGCACCAUCCCUCGGCCCCCUGCCCUCUUCUACCCCAGCCACACCCAACCGGUGACGGUCACGUCAUCAUCAUCAUCGUUAUCUCGACACCUCGGCACCUUUGAGGACUCGGCCUUGGAGCUGCGGGGGGUCUCCCGGGUGUGUGAGCCACGGGUCGAGGGCACUGGUGGUGGUGAGGUUGGUGGCAUUUUGGGCAUGGAUGUUGGCAUGGUGGAUGGUGGCAUCGGAGCUGGUGGUGGUGGCGGCAGCGGUUACGGUGGCAGUGGGGGCACCUGGGACGAGCACAAACGAGAGCUGUGCGUUCUGGAGCACGAGCAGACCAUGCGUCUGCUGGCACUGCAGGAGUGUGUGUGGGAGUGCAAGCGGCGCGCCGCCACGCAGAAGGAGAAGGCGGCCCGCGCCAAGAAACACUACUACAGGGCCAAGCUGAAGAAGAUGGGGGCAGAGCUUCCCACGCAAGACCUCUGCUCCUCAGACGACAGUAGUGACUGAUGGACGGGACGGACAGACACACACAGACUCGGACAUGCACAUGUACAAACGUGCACACACGCGUGCGCAAACAGACACACACACACACACACAGACGCCACGAUUUGAAUUCAAACUUGAAUUCAAAUGGGACAGACACGCAUCCGCACGCACAAGAAUCAAGUGGUUUGAGUUGUGCCCUGCCUUGAGGUGUGUAGAUACAGUACAGGAUGGAUAAUUUGCUCAGCCAAAAUCAGUCUGAAUGUGACUGUGCCACUGUAUGUGACUGAACUUGUGAAAAUUGGGCUGGCACAAACGGCAGAACCCUGAAUCUUGUUUGAAACACUGCACAACCGUAUGAUGUUUGAAUCGCUACACUGGUAUUACUUGUUCAGGUUGGGAAUUCCUGGAAUGCUUUUUGGUCUUGCUGACACAAAACUGCAAAUUCAGGCAAACAUUCACUGUUAAGUGAAUUUCCUCUCUGUGGCAUUGAAGUGUGUUUUGUUAGAGCUGCUGUAAGCAAUAGUCAUCUAGAGUAAGCUAAACCAACCGACUACCUGGUAGCUAUCCUCACAUACAGUAAACAAUGGACUCGAUUCAUUGGCACAUCACUGCCAAGACACUCCCAAGUCCUUCUCAGUGAAAUGUCUGCCACUCCCAAGUCCUUCCCAGUGAAAUCAAACAUCUUCUAUUAGAGUAAGAUACUUCAAGCCAUGUGAUCCAUAUGAUGACAGGUGAACGCCCCUGUAGGAGAACUUUCGGGUUUGGAGACCUUUGGCGUCUUAAGGUUGAGUUGGAAUGGAGUCCCCUUGGCACUGUAGAUGGCGGUAGCGCACAUCUCAUGCAAGCCGUCACCAAAUGCCACAGAAACACAAGAAGAAGGAGGGGACAACGCCCCCUUAGGAGACCAAAGUUGAGCACACUCCUUUGCAUUGGGUGGGUGGAGUUUGGGUUAUCUUACUCUAAUAUAAGAUGUUUGGUGAAAUGUCUGUCUUUUCCCCCAUUUCCUUUGAUGCCUCUGCGAGGGGCACAUUGGGAACAGAUGGAGAGACUUGUCAUCUAGCUCAAGGACACCUGAACACGAGGAGGGAGAGGGAGAGAGAGAGCGUGAGGGAGAUGAGACAAUUUUUUGUCCCUUCUUGUGUCGAUAUUGAAGCUGGGUUGCCAGAUGAGACGGAUGAUUUCCAGCCCAAAAAAAUGCUCAAAACUUAACCUGCCUGGAAUCUCCCGUCCAAUUCGAACUAAAUCCUAUUGAUUUCUAUGGCCAUAAAUAUGCUGGAAAAACCCGCCCAAAUGCCCUUUUAACCCUUUUUUUUAACCUGCAGUUGGUCAUCCUAAGCAGUCAGGGACAGAUCCAAAGAUAUGGGACAUCCCAGUUAGUUUGGAAAUGAUUCAGCCAGGGGUGUAGCAGCUAAUUGUGGGCCUUAUGCACAAUCAGCUCCAAUGGACCCCCCGUAGCCAUAUAUCUACAUAAAUUGGACUGGGUGUCUGGGUCUCCUUUCAGGGUUGCCAAAUGAGACUGAAAAAUGCUCCAAACCUGCAUGGAAGCACUAAAUCCUGCCCAAUUUGAACUACAUUUUAUUGAUUUCUCUGGCCAUGAAUUUCCAGAAAAACCCACCCAAAUGCCCCAUUUACCCAUUUUUAUCUGCAGACGGUCAUCCUAAGCAGCCCAAUUAGGCUGGAAACCGCCCAGUCUGGCAACACUGCCCCCUAUGGGGCCCUGGUGGCUCAGUCACUUUUUACCCCCCUGUACGAUACCCCUUUGUACAGCACAUGAAAGUACUGCUACUACUGUAGUUUUGACAGGUGUACAAUGGCUGGUCUCAAAAAUCUUCCCUACCACAUGGGUCGAAAUAAUCUGUUGAACGUGUUUCUCUCCCAGGCCUACAAGCUCUCCCUCAGUUAAAAGAAACCCAUAGAGACCUCAGAAUGCAGUUUGAUAGGCUACAGUUCAGGUCCCCACUCCCUACUCAAAGAUGCAAAGACUUUUGGACCAGCAGCUGUAGACUGCUUACCUGACCUCCGUCACCUGUUAUCGAGAUGCGUAAGGAAAGGGAACGCCCCCGCAUAUACUGUAUUUGGUGAACGCAGACAGAUGACAGGUCAGGUUAGUAGACCGUUCUGUUAGACAAGAGCAGUUCUCUUUCAGGCCUACAAACGCUUCCUCAGUUUUCCUCAGCUGUUAAAUACAGUUCAGGUCAGACCUCAAAGCUACAGUUCUAUCUAGUAUACACACUGCCACCUCACCUGCCUAGAGGCUUUUCCUCAGUAAAAAAAAAACACUUAUAUUAAAGGAUAACUUUGGCCAAUUUCAACAUGCAGUUGUAAUGCUCACACUACCCUGGACUUGUCAGUACCUGAGAUUUUUUUUUCAGCCUUUCCGAGAUCCUGGUCAUUGUAAUGGGGGCAGGUGUUUGUUUACAUUUCAAAAAAACAACUUGAUUUAUUCCCAAAAACAUCCAAAAGGUUAUGCGACAUCAGCAGACAACUAGCAAACAGCGAUAACUUUUAGGAAAAUAUUUGGAGUAGGCCUAUGUAAAGAUUAAAAAAAAAAAAAAAAUGUAAACAAAACCUGCCCCCAUUAGAAUAGCUCAGAUUUCGGAAAGGGCUGAGCCAAAAAAUGCAGCAUCACCGGGUACUGACAAGUCAAGGGUAGCAUGAGCAAUAAAAUGGUAUAUUGAAAUUGGCAGAAGUGCUCCUUUACGAUUUCAGAAAGCUGUUAGAUGCAGUUCAGGUCAAAGCCACAGUAACGUCUACACACUGCCGCCUCACUUGCCUUCUUGUAGAAUGCUGCUUCCAGUCAAACUGGUGGCACUCGCCUCUUUUCCCUGAAUGUAACAAAAAAAUGUUGUUUUUGUGUCGUCUUUAGAUUGUUACAUUUCCAGGGUCAUCAUGCCAUGAUGUUAAUGGAUAUGUGUAGUGAAUACACAUUCUUUCUUCUGAAUUAACUUACCUCAGAUGUUGCUGUUUAAAUGUUCCGAUAAUGUGUAUUGAAAAAAAACAACAUUGUGUUCAUUUUUCAACUACAUCUCAAGUUGAUCAAAUGUACUAUGUUCAUUGUCAUCUUCUGAAAUCAACUCAUACAUUUUCUUUUAACGCAGACAUGCUUCAAAGGUACAGUAUAUAUUGUGUUCUUCAGAGGGUCAUAACGGUUUUGGUGUAUGAUGUCUUGUUGAUCUUGAUGUGUCCUUUGUAAUAUAUGCUGAUUACAAAGGACACAUGACACACAACACUCUGGCCCUCUGAGGAAGACCGCUGUAACUUACACUGUCCAAGCAUUUCAGGUAAAGGAUAACACCUGUACUUGUUGAAAGAAAAUUAGUAACUUGAUUCAACUUUAUGAGAUUAGCAUUCAUAACUGUACACUUCAACUUGGCUUUGUAUUUAUCUCAGUUCUGGCCUGUCUCAGUUCUGGUGUUACCCCUACCCUAGACUGUAGUAGAUACAUGUCUGUAAAUGAAUGGUGUCGUCAUGCUCCCCAUCUACCAUGCUCGCUGUGGAAUUGACAAAGCAUUGAGUUAGAGAUGCUUGAAACAUGUCUGGUACUGCCAGCCAACUCAGGACCCCCUGGGCUUAGUCAGCUAUCACUGCCUCAUUCAAAUGAUUAUGUAUAGACACAUUCACACACAUAUAUAAAACAUAUAUGUACAUACACACGCAUAAGCCAGACCUGUAGCAAUAAUUGUUUUAUUUUUUUAUUUUUUAUGUCCAACAUGUCUCUUGUACGGUUUCCAUGGCAAUGGUUGGGGGGGCAAAUUGCCUCUUUACAUUACCUCCGGUCAAAGGGAUGCCAGACAUCCCAUAAUAAAACAUUUAAAAACCAAACAGAGAUACACACAUAUUCAUUCUGUA